AUGUCAGAAGUCAAGCCAUUCAACCCAAACAUCUCUCAAGAGGAGAUUGAUCGCCUGUUCAGGAAGCUCAAAGACACACGCCUUCCAGAGAUCCCAGUCUGGAUCAACAAAUUGAAGAACUUCUGGCAAGACAAGUACUCCUGGCCGGAUGCACAGAAGCAAGUCUCCGAAUGGCACCACUUCACCACCGAGAUCAAGAAUCUGAAGGUCCACUUUAUCCAACACGAGAAGAAUAGGAUGAGACAGAAGGAGGCAAUUCCUCUAUUGCUGGUACAUGGCUGGCCAGGGGCUUUUUUGAGUCCAUCACGAGGCUGGACUCUCCAAGACACAGCGCGCAUCUUCGACGUCCUGAUGAAGCGUCUCGGGUACACCUCUUACACCGCACAAGCCGGCGACUGGGGUCAUUGGGUCGUCCGGAAGCUCGGAUCCGGGCGCUACAACGCCUGCAAAGCAGUGCACACCAACAUGUGUCCCGGCGCUCCACACAAGGGCUCCAAGAUGAACGAGAAAGAGGAGGCAGCCAUGGACCGCGCGAAGUGGUGGAUGGGCGAGCAUCUGACGGCGACGCUAGAUAAGGAAGAAUACGUGAAGGAUGUGUUAUUGUGCUACUACCAUAACGUGCGCCACGAGGUGUACACCGAGUUCAAUGCGAAGGAGGAGAAUCUGAUUAGGGUGCCGUUGGGUGCUAGCACGUUUAGCUUCCUCUUAGCUGUUGUUGAGCAACCAGUCGCACAAGCUGCAAGGGGAGGCGCAGCUGAAGCACCUUCCUCAUAUGUGUCGCCGGCCUUUUCAGCGGUUUAGCAGGGUAAGGGGUACAAGCGUGGCCAUCGGCGUGGCAACCACAUGUGUUGGUGUUGCAAUCGGUAGUCGUGGGGACGCCCUGCCACAAUCCACCAUGCUCUUUCUCAAAGCGCAACGCUCUGGCCUACUUGGACAACCAAGAUGCUGUGGUUGCAGGCAAGGAGAUCAGCAGCGACGUGACGUUCAACAUACAAGACCAUUGCGUUAGGCAGUCGCUGGCGGGUGCACUAAGAGUAUUGGUCAGUGGGACCAUGGUUGAUGGCUGUCUGGACGUUUGUCUCGCUGAAUCCGGCAGUUGUAUACUAGAGCCCGUCAGCACGCAGUUUGCACAAGCUGAAGGUUAGAGUGAGGUGAGAAGUAAGACAGCGAUGACAGUCAAGACGAGUUGUGGUGAAG